UGAAGCAGUGCCAUUUGCAAGGAUUUUGCUCAAAACCCCUGCAAAAAAGACGUCAGACAACUUAAAGUUGCAAAAAAAAGUUGCUAAAAAAAUGUUCGUACCUCCGGCUGAAAAUUUGUAGGCUUACUGUUUGAAGGUCACAAAUGCUGUAUAUAAAUCGUCAGACGUCUAGAUCGCUGCAAAAGUAGUGUCAGACGACCCCAAAUUUGUAAAUUUUUUUCGAAAUUUUUUUUUUUUUACCUCCGUCUGACGUUCUCACAUAUUAUAGUGGGCACUAUUUUAAGUGUAUAUUUAAAUCGUCAGACGUCUAGAUCGCUGCAAAAGUAGUGUCAGACGACCCCAAAUUUGUAAAUUUUUUUCGAAAUUUUUUUUUUUUUACCUCCGUCUGACGUUCUCACAUAUUAUAGUGGGCACUAUUUUAAGUGUAUAUUUAAAUCGUCAGACGGAAAUACCGCUGCUAAGUCACAAUUUUAUGCCACCUACAUACACCUGAUAGAUCAUUACCUAGACUUGACUCGAAGCAUAAGGACUGCAGACUACGAAUUAUUUAAAUAUUCUCUACCAAAUAUCGCAAAUCUCUUCUUCACUUUUAAUCAGCAAAAUUAUUCACGCUGGCUGGUUAAAUAUCAUGACAAUUUGUUGAAGGUCAACGAAACUCACCCAGGACUGGAGGCAUCACUUCGAGAAGGAAGUUUUGGUGUCAAACGCACCAACAAACCAUUUUCACGGCAACCAAUCGAUCUAACACUGGAGCAAACGAUCAACGCAGAUGCUGCGAGACGUUUGACCGGUGUUUCUCACUUCACCAAUUCAAUCACGGCUCGCCAGCGCUGGUCAAAGAGUCGUGGAAUUCGUUCAACUCUCAUUUCACACGUAUAUCAACAGGCCGGAUUACGAGCUGCUCAGGAUAUAUCAGGAGAAUUAGAAACUAGCAAAAUGAAAAUAAGUCAAUCACAACUCCGAGCUUUCAUGGAAACAAUAGAAAAUAAAAUGAACCCAUUUGAUGCAAACAUUGACAGAAAACAACUCUAUAACAUACACACAGGAAAAGCAGCCUCGUCAGACAUAACGGAAUUUUUAAUCGAUGUUGAGCGUCAAGGUGAAUCAUUACGUAAAGCUUUCAUAACGAAAUGUUGUUCAGAUUCCACGCAAUUCGAGAAGCCGAUCAAAAAAAAUGUAUUACACAAUUUUGCAUCAGGUGGAAAAAAAAAGAAAUUCGCUUUGGGUGUUAAAGUUCAGGAAGUGAGAAUGCAGCGCGAUUUGUUUGGACGUCUUUUGGCCAUUUCCAUGGAGAAAAAAAUUGAUUUGGCAAAAAUUUUAACCUAUCCUUUGACACCAAUACCUAUGUCGUUGUGUCAUAUUGAUGGCAUUAUAUGUAAAACAGACAAAUCGACGCUGAUGAAAACGUUAAUGAAGGAAAUAGAUGAUAAUUCCGAACCACCACACAUGGAUGUCGUCAUUUUCGAUGGAUUUUUUAUGCUGCACUUAAUGAAAGACCUCCCCGCUAGUUAUGGAAAAAUCGCGCUAAAAGUAUUACGAACAUUGACAAGCAAUGAUGCCCAAAGAGUGGACGUCGUAUUUGAUAGAUAUUUUCAUCCGUCAAUAAAGGACUGCGAACGUGAUUUACGUGGAGGUAGUUCCUCUGGUUAUGAAAUUGCAGGGCCACAGCAAGUAAGGUCACCAGAUUUUUCCAAAGAUCUGAGGUGUAGUAAUUUUAAAGAAGCAUUGGUCGAAUUUCUAAUUAAUUAUUGGACGGACGAUUCGUUUAUCCCUUUAAUCAGAAACAAAACUUUGAAUAUAAACUUCGAUCAAUGCUAUUCUUUCGAAGUUGUUAAUAACAAAGUUGUACGAUCCAUCAACACGGAUUUGUCUUGUCCUUUGCAUGAAGAGGCAGAUACUAAAAUCACUUAUCACGUAUCAAAAAUUCAAAUGACGUGUAAUAUUGAAAUUCGUAGCGCUGAUACGGAUGUAUUGAUUAUAUUAUUAGGUAAUAUGUAUAAAUUGGAUAAAUCACUGAAAAUAUGGAUGCAUGUCGGCGUUGGUGCCUCUCAACAUUACAUCAAUGUUACUCAGUUACAUGCCAACUUAGGAGAACAACUUUGUAAAGCUCUACCUGGAUUACAUGCGUUCACUGGGUGUGAUUAUAAUCCCGCCUUUUAUGGCAAAGGCAAGAUCAGACCGUGGAAGAUUUUAAAGAAGUAUCCGAAUAUCCAGAAAGCCUUCGCAGAUCUGGGAGAGAAUAAUGUUGAUCCUGCAACAUACCAAAUAAUAGAGGAGUUCGUCUGCACCAUAUACAAUAUAAAAGGAGUGCAGAAAGUGAAUGAGGCUCGUCUGGUAAUGUUCGAAGCCAACUACAAACACCAUGACCAAUCCGAGUUAUUCAAGAAAAAAAUUAGCACCACUGACGCGUCGAAUUUUCCACUGUGUGCCGAUGAAUUAAAUCAACACUUGCUACGGACAAGUUACAUUGCGCAAUUAUGGUUAAAUGCGGACCAAAAUAAUCCAUCAACUAAACUUCCCGAGGAACAUGGAUGGUUUAUUAACGAGGAUGGAAAAUAUGAUUUUACAUGGUUUAAAGGUGAUCAGUUGCCGUCAGCAAUUGAUGAUAUUAUUCUCGAUGACACACAGCAACAGCCAACAAAUUUAGAGGCAGAAAGACAAUACGCAUCCGAUGAGGAUGAAGAACAGGAUAUAAUCAUCGAAGACGACGAGUUCGAUGAUGAAUGCAACGACUCCGAUACCAGCAACAUUCACAGUGAUAAUGACGAGAACUGAAAAAAAAUUACUAUUUAAAAAUUCUUUUUAAAUAUAAUUAAAAUGAAAUUACAUUUUUCAAAAUAAAAUUGAAAUGAAAUUAUCUUUUUUUACAAACAAAAUAGAAAUAAAAUUACUUUUGUUAAAA